GAUUUCAUCGGGAAGUGAGCCUCUGUUAUGUAACAGGAGGGGAAACAGAGGAGAACAGAAGAAAGUAUUUGCUGGACGGGAGAAGCUUGAACGGGAAAGGACAGAAAUCUGCAGCCAACAAUGGAUUCGUGCACUCGAGGAGUGCUGUUUGAUUUCCAUGGAGUUUCAAUGACCCAUUACUUCACAGACAACUGGGAGAACGUUCAAAACUUUCAGGCCAGACCGGAUGAUAUCCUGAUUGCUACAUAUCCUAAAGCAGGAACCACCUGGGUCUCUUAUAUCCUUGACCUGCUCUACUUUGGUCAAACAUGGCAAGACCGCCAGUCAACCGUCCCGAUCUUUGACAGAGUGCCUUUCUUGGAGAUCACUUUCCCAGCUCUGGGUUCAGGAAAAGACCUGGCGGACAACCUGCCCACCUCUCCUCGACUCAUUAAAACUCAUUUUCCUGUGCAGUUUGUGCCAAAGUCCUUUUUCGAGCAGAACUGCAGGAUUGUCUAUGUUGCCCGUAAUGCAAAAGACAAUGUGGUGUCUUUCUUCCAUUUUGACCGCAUGAACAGGAUCGAACCAGAGCCUGGAGACUGGAACAGCUACCUCAAGAGAUUCAUGCAGGGAAAAAUGGUGUUUGGAUCCUGGUACGAUCAUGUGAGCAACUGGUGGAAGAAGAAACAGACUUACUCAAAUCUGCACUACAUGUUCUUUGAAGACAUGGUUGAGGACACUGGACGAGAAAUAGACAAACUUUGCUCCUUUCUUGGUUUGACUCCUUCAGCUGAAGAGAAGGAAAGAGUGACAGGAGGAGUUCAGUUUGAUAACAUGAAGAAGGACGGGAUGGCCAACUAUUCUACAAACAUAGUGAUGGAUUUCAAAGUGUCUCCCUUCAUGAGAAAAGGAAAAGUGGGCGACUGGAAGAAUCACUUCACUGUGGAUCAGAAUGAAGAGUUUGAUGAAGACUACAAGACAAAGAUGAAGGAUCCCACUCUCCAGUUUCGCACAGAAAUUUGAACAACCUUGUGUUUGUAUCUGUAAAGAUGAUCUCCAUGAGGUUUACCAAGCUAAUGAAUCAAAAAUGAAACACUUAUAAUGUGGACUUGGUUCGAGGGUCACAUUUUUUACAAACAACAAUUGAAGGUGUAAGUUGUCUAACGAUCUUGCGAGUUGCCAGUAUAGGUGAGUUUAGACAGUUUAGGAACCUCAGCAGCAGUGCACAGCGCAGACUUAAAAUAUGGAAUUCAGUACUGCAGAUUUGGCAACCUCGGGAACUCACCGAUGAUUGGCUCUGGAACCAGGAAGUAGUGACGGUCUAGCGCCGCCCACCAAAGCUGUUCCAGCUCUCAGUUUGAAAGAAAAAAAAAAACCUAACCAAGACAUUGUUGAUGGAGA